ACCAAAGCACAAGAAGAAAGUUACUCAGGUGUUUUUUGGGGAGAGCGGAGCACCUAUCGAUAUAAAGCGACACGAGCUCAUUCGACGACGUGCCAGUCGAGUUCAGGACACUUUGCUCAAGAUGAAAUACUUUGCCGCCGCCCUCUUGUUAGCCUGCGCCUGCCAGGCGAGCGUGCUGCCCAGGCAGCGCCGCUCUCUGGACGUGGCCCUGGACGCGGCCACCCUCGGCGUGACCGCGGCGCAGAGCGGAGCCCUGCUGGGGCUGCAGGCCGGACAGGCCCUCACCGACGUGGCAUCCGACACCGCGCGCCUCGGCAUCUCCGCCGGCAAGGGCGUCGCCGACGCCGGCCUCGGCCUGGCCCGUGGCGCCACCACCCUCACCACCGGGGGCGCGCGCGCCGGAGUGGGUGCCGCCCAGACCGUGGUCGGCCUCGGCCUGAACGCGACCCGCGCCGCCACCGGCCUUGGCGCCGACCUGGCCAACACCGGCAUCAACGCCGCCCAGGAGGUCGCCGACUCGGUCGGCCUCGGUGGCAUCGCCAACACCGUCAACGGCCUCGCCCGCUCCGGCGUCUCUGCCGCCCAGUCCGCCGCCGGCGCCGGCAUCUCGCUCGGCCAGGGCGCCAGCAACCUCGGGGGCAACGCUGCCAGGGGCGUCAUCAACGCCGGCGAGACCGCCGUCCGCGCCGGCAUCGGCGCCGGCCAGAGCGCCGCCAACCUCGCCACCUCAGCCGCCCGCUCCGGCGUCAACGCCGCCCAGACCGCCGCCACCCUGGGCGUGGAGGCCGGCAAAGCCGCCACCAAGAUGGCCGCCGGCGUCGUCCAGGACUUUAUUGGACGCUUCCGCGGUUGAGCAUUCACAAAAUGUGUUACCUUCAUUCAGCUGUGAUGUCUCUAAAAUAAACGCCAUUUCGACAGCA